CGCGGGUACAUGUAGGAGAGUCUUCCUUGCUCCUCAAAAGUAGUUCUAUAUUUGAGAAUUUUUUUCAUUUCAGCGAACAAAAUUCUAGAGAGAGAAAAUGGCGAAGCCUUUGUUGGUGUUUUUCCUGCAUAUUUUGGCCUUCUUUGCUGUAAUUUCUGGUGAGGAAUUGAGCUCAAAGCAAUGUGAAGAUUUGGGUUUCACUGGCCUUGCCCUCUGUUCAGACUGCCAGACUCUUGCAGAGUAUAUCAAGGAUGAAGCUUUGGUGUCGGAAUGUAAGAAAUGCUGCACAGAAGACUCUGAUGAUUCCAUGAGUAAGGUUUCGUACUCCGGCGCUGUCCUAGAAGUUUGCAUGAGGAAACUUGUAUUUUAUCCUGAAGUUCUUGCUUUCAUUGAGGACGAGGCCGAUAAAUUCCCUUCUUUGAAAGUUCAAUAUGCUUAUGCGUCACCACCAAAACUUGUCAUGCUAGAUGAUGCUGGCAAUCACAAGGAAACCAUAAGGAUUGACAAUUGGAGGCGUGAACACAUUCAACAGUUUUUGCGGGAGAAGGUUGAGCCCCACGCAUCUCAAGACUUGUAAUCUAUCUCUCUCUCUUCUAUGUUUUGGAUGGGAUAUACGGACAUGAAUGGGCAUUUUAUGUGAAGGCAAACUUGCUUGUGUCA